UUCGGUCGUGCUCAGCCUCCGACGCUCUCGAUCCUUUCAUUGUUCCUUCCCACCUUAUUACACUGCUACUGCUACCCCUACUCCUACCACAUCCUAUCGACUAUGUAUGUGUCCAUCCCAAUAAACCCAACGAAUCGUCGUUGCGCCCACGACCCGAGGGCUGUCUGAUCGAAUCCAGCGCAGAGACAGGCUCCUCCUUUUAUAUAUGUUGAUUCCAUCGCCACAGAUUCCCUAUAGCUAUAGCUACUAUCUGGGUUGCCACACCGACAUACCAUCGUCUGCUGUGUACAUAUCAAACCACCGGUGUUCUUAGACUUAUCAUCCUCAGCCUGUGCUGCAGUCUUUCGCACAGGCAGGGAGGGAUCCGUCGCGGAUGUCGUGCUGGAGGGAUUGUAAUUAAUAACGAUAUGUUAGACGAGAUUCCACCAUCGACAGUCUGUCUGUGAUAUUCUGAUUGGGUAUCGAUUGCCAUCAAGCUAGCUAGUUAGCUAGCCUGUGUGGAUUCACGUUGUCGACACUUCAUCCGAGGAACUUGUACUGAUCCAUACCUACAUACAUACAUACUGGUUGUAGAUCUUCUCGAAGAGAAGAUCACGGUUAAGAUUAGAAGAUGUAUGAUAUUGUCAAUAACAGCAGUAGCCUGGCAGUGGUAGCGGCAGUAGCUGACCAGGAGAAAAACAAUAAGAACAACCACGUUAGCAUGGUGGCGGACAAAUCCUUGUUGCAAGAUCAAGACGUGUUGCUUCCAGGGUUUCGGUUUCAUCCUACGGAUGAGGAGUUGGUCGGAUACUAUCUGCGCCGCAAGAUAAUGCAGAAGUCUCUCGCUGUGGAGGUCAUCACUCAGCUGGACAUCUAUAAGUUCGAUCCAUGGGAUCUCCCAAAGAUGGCCGUGGCCAAAGGCGAGAAGGAGUGGUACUUCUUCUGCCCUCGGGAUCGAAAGUAUCGCAAUAGUGCAAGGCCGAACAGAGUCACCGGAGCCGGGUUUUGGAAGGCUACAGGAACAGAUAGACACAUUUAUGCCUCUGGCGGUUCCAAAACCAUCGGGCUCAAGAAGUCCCUCGUGUUUUACAAGGGAAGGGCUGCCAAGGGCGCAAAAACGGACUGGAUGAUGCAUGAAUUCAGGCUGCCUCCGACUACCGAUUCUCCAUCGUCUUCCAAAGCUCAUCCCGAGGACAAUGCUAUUCAAAAGGAUGCGUGGGCUGUUUGCCGAAUCUUUAAGAAAAGUACCCUUGCGCAGCAAAGGAGUGCAAAUAUGGUGUCCCAACUAUGGCAUCAAGAAAUGUCACCCCCGACUGAAGAAAUGGUGACGACUGAAGAGGUUGAGGAGCCACAAGCCGGACCCGGAUUUGCUCAGUCCGAAAGGAACGAAAUCUGCUCAUCGAACGUGAAUCUGGACCUCGAUUCCAGCGAGGAUAAGACUGAGAGCUCGUCCGAGGAGAGGUCGAGCAUGUCGAUACAGCCCAAGUAUAUCGUGGAGACUACCACCGUUAACCAGCAACAGCACCAGCAUCAGCUGAAGAAGGAAGAGUCCACCGCCACAUGGCCACUACUCCCCAUGGACUGCCCAAAAGCCGCCAACAAUUUCGAUGGAAACCUCUGGGCGACUCCGUCUCUGGAGAUGGUGAACGACUUUCUGGCACACGAGAACACGCUGAGAAGAGGAGCACUGGACUGCGUGAACAGCAUCCUCAGCGUCCCCACAUCUUACGGAUCUCACGGCCAGUUCAUCGACCUGGACCUGCUGGAGGAGUACGCGAUCCAAGACCCCCAGUUCCAUUCGGGUAGCUCGAACAUGGGCCAGCUGCAGAAGCCUCGGACCAGCAGCAGCAGCAGCAGCAGCAACGGCACCAACCACUACGUCGGCCAUAUGCAGCCCCUGAACCGCAAGAAGCUAACGCUGCAGAUCCCGUCGUACCCUUGUGCAAUGCAGCCGUGGGAUAGUUUGUCCCCAAUCUACGACCUUCCCAGCAGCCAGCUCGAGUGCAUGUGACCAUCUCCAUCACCACGUAACGUCGAUCGGUACCUAGCCAGGAGGAGGUGAUGCACAGAUGUUCGAGUACAUAUCCACAGACACACAGAUUCUUCCUUUUGUCGUGUAUAUAUAUCUACAUCCCAAGGUUGUAGCUAGCUCGCUCGCUCGCCCACAGGCACGCACGCAUGCACAAUAUAGGUGUAUAAAGAAAAUCCAUCUUAAUUAUUAUUUACGGGCAUCACAUACGUCCGAAAUAAACAGCUGCACGAGUUUAGCUUUGAUCUGGCGAGGAGUAGGUUCAGCUGCAGACGACACUCACUUGUACAGCAGAGUUAGACUUGUGUGAAGCGUUGUGUGUCGUUCUGUGCUCUAGACAUAUAUGAGGGCAGAAUCGUCAUACGGAUGAGUUGAAUACGGGAUCUUUGUGAGUAGGAAGUGCGCAGAUGAUUUUCUGGCAAUCAAAUACGUUUGAGCUUACCAUUCUUAGUCAUCUGUACAAUCAUAGUGCAUAGUGAGUUCACUCGACGUCAUCUGCUUCGUUUCAGUUUGAUCGUUAAUUUGGUUUGUGUACGGGAUACGUGGUGGAUGUUCAUGGCUUUGCAAGCCCUUCCAC